UCACAAUGCAACCGCUCGCCCAUGGUUCCGACAAAAUGACACAGAAGAGCGCAAUGCAAAAGCCCGAAAAGCGUAUGAAAGCCUAAUGACGGUCACUUUAAGAAAGCCAACGAGUCCAGAGUACAGGAAGUUUUCCGAAGAAGUCAAGGCAAGAGCAGCUGCCAUGUACAAAAACUUUACAUACGGAGAACAAGAG